AUGACGGCAUUCAUAGUUUAUUCACAUUUUUCAGGUGGUUCCAAAAGACAAAAUAUUCAGAAAAGAAUAGACAACAAGAAAGGAAAGCGGAAGAAACAGAAGUUGGAUUGGUAUAAGAGAAACGCAGCGAAUAUCAACUACCAUCGUAGAAAUAAAAUACAAGGUAGCUUUUACAUUUCUUCCACGGACAAUGCAUUGAGAAAACGGUAUAUUAGACAGACACAAGCGGAGGCAAAAAAGAGGAGAACAGAGUAUCAGAGAAAAUGGAGGUCGUAGAGAAAAAAGAAAGUCAGUGACAUAGAAAUUGCAAGCUUUCCAAAUAGAAUGAAAAAGUUACGAGCUUUGAAAAAGAUGAAAUCUUCUUUGCCGAAAACACCAACCAAGAGAGCAGCAACAAUCGCGGCAUAUUUUGAAAACCAUAAAAGUCCGGUCGUUCAAUCCGUAAGAAAGAAAUUAAUUUCAAAUAAUGAUAGCAGAGAAGAUAUGGUUUUACUAGAGGCUGUUAUGUGCGACAUAAAAGAAAAUUUGAAACUCAAGAAAAAGAAAAGAUCACAUGAGGCGAGAAUUGAAAUGAACUCUAUCACAACAACUAUUAGUGGAGAGUCAGUCAGUAAAUCAAGAUGCAAAGUUAAGCUUGCUAAAAAACUAAGUGUUCCAGUUAGAACUAUAGCAAAAGGGUAUAGAAUUAGAUCUCAGAUCUCCCACGCUGAUGAGUCGUGUUUCAAAUAUACCACUCGCAAAACCCGCAAAGAUGCGAUAUCAGAAGAACUUAAAAGAAAAAUUUAUGAUUUUUGGUGUGCACCUGACAAUUCCCAUCCUUCAGGCAAUAAGAAUGACGUAAAACGAGUUAGAACUGGUUUUAAGUCUUACACAAGUCAUACAGUACAGGUUUUACGGAAAACUCAAACAGAAAUUUACACAGACUUUAAACAAAGCAACCCUGACAUUAAGAUAUCACAGCGUUCAUUUGAGCGAUGUAAACCAUUUUUCAUAUUACAAGCGACAACAAAAGACAGAAUAACUUGCUGCUGCAGAUAUCAUAUAGAAAUAAAAUCUGUAUUCAGAAAAUGCAUGGACUUCAGGAAAAAGAAUUGUAAUGAAUCCCCAGCACCAGUCUAUGAUAACGUAUACGACAUGUGCGAGAAAACUUUGUGUACACCUGUAGAAGAAAAUCGGUACAAACAGAUUUGCCUCGAUCGGAAAUGCGACAAAUGCGGCGUUUCUGAUGACCUGUUCUUAACAGAAGAAUUAACCACAGAUGACAGUGCACCCACAGUAAAAUGGGAAUGUUUCGAGUACCAAAAUAUUCAAGUAAGGGAAACAACAAGAAGAAAACUGCUACUCGUAAAACGUGAAACUAAACCAGGCGUAUUGUUCAUGUACCUUUCUAAACUCUUGAAAACCUUUCCUGGUCAUAAUUUUCGAUCGAAAUGGCAGAGUUCUCAGUUUAAAAACAUUGUUGAUAACUUGCCGCAAAAUCACUGUAUAACUAUUCAUGAUUACUCGGAAAAUUAUCGAUGUUCUGAUAAAAUUGAAAUUCAGUCAAGUUAUUUUCAGAAAACUGAAAUUUCAAUACAUGUAACGCUACUAUAUCGUCAUGCCGUACAAAAUACUGACGGCAUUCAAAGUACACCUGAAAAUCCAGAAAUUGUUUUAGAACAUUUUUAUGUUAUAUCUGCUGACGAGAAACAUGACCAGCAUUUUACCCAUAAAGUUCAAGAGGAAAUAUCAUUAUAUCUGCAAUCAAUAGGCUACAAUGUUGACGUAAUGCAUGAAUUCUGUGACGGCUGUUCUGUUCAGUAUAAAAGCAGGAACUGCUACGGUGAUAUUGCCUUUUCCGUAGGAUCAUUCAACUACAAGACAUUAAUAAGAAACUUUUUUGAAACAAGUCACGCAAAAGGCCCUCAAGAUGCAGCAGGAGGGCUGUUGAAGCGUCAAGCAGAUUUAGCAAUCUUGAGGGGUGCAGUUGUUAUCCAGAGUGCCAAAGAUUUGUUUCAAUUUGCCCAAAAUAAUUUGACGGAGACAAAAUCCGAUAAAUGUCAACGGCGGAUAUUUAGAUACUGUGAAAGCAUCGACAGAUCUACUGCACGUCUAUAUAAACCCAUUCCCGGUAUAAGGUCAACCCAUCAAGUCAUAACAAAUGCAAACACUAAACACAGCAAAUUACAAAUCAGCUGUCUAUCCUGCUACGAGUGUACGAAUUGUAUAAUGGGAAAAAUAAGCCGGUGUAAAAACAUGCACAUUACUGGACAGACUACUUUUCUUCAGCCUGAAGCAGACGGCACUUUAAAUGGUAAUACGUCGCUUGUAGCUGAAGAACCGUCUACGGUGGAACUUAUUCAGGAGGGAAUGGUCUUUGCUGCACUGUGCGAUGACGAAGACUAUGAUUAUUACCUCGUGAGAGCAGAUACAUCUGCUUUUGUGCUCGGAAAACGUACCACUGAUGAAUGGGGAACAACAUGGCCACAAGGAACGCCUGUUAUACGAGGGCAUUACUAUAUAAAGUCUGGAAAUAAUCCCCUGCUCAAUACCUUGCUAUGCAAAAACUAUGCAUUAAUUCCAGCAGUUUCUGUUUUGUACAUAAUUGAAGGGGGGAAGAAUAAAAAUAAACUAAAAUUGAAUGAAAAUGACCAUCUUUCAAUUUUGAAAGUUUUGGAGGAACGGGAUGCUACAAUAUAAACAAUGUAAAUGCAUAUAAAUCCACUCUUAAUGUUUUAUACGAAGCUAAAAUUGUUGUUGUUGUGGCAUGUAUUUAAUAUGAUGUUAUAUAAAUACAUAUACUUAGAGCAUAAAGCAUAACGUGUUGUUUUGAACAGUGUUUACAAUGACGUUUGAAAUUAAGGAUGUUGACGUUACGCUAAUUAGCUUCAAUAUCUGACGUCGCG